AUGUUUCGAUCGGCUCUGGCUGGGACGCUGAUUUUGGUGCUGACUUCCACCACUCUGGUAUCGGCUCAACUUUGUGCUACAUGCAUGCCCAAAUCAGUAACUCUCAUACCAGCUGAUGGUACCAAGGGAUCAAUCACGCCUACUAUAAAGGUGCUGCCGAAUACCCCUCAAGGAUGUCGUCAAAUGAAUAUCAUCUGCAAAACUCCGGCCGGUUUCACCAGAUCGAAUAUGAUUUUCAAUGGGGAAGGUCCACCAAAAUCCGGUAAGGACGUCACCGCUCUUGUGUCCUGCUUCAAAGGAUCCUGGCGUACUUCACUUGCAGGAUCGUACAUGUGA